AUGAGUAACAAAAAGAUUAAAUUAGAAGCAAAUAUAGAUAUUAAUAAUAAUGAAAAAGACAAUAAUAUAAUAGAUAAUAAACAUCAACUAAAACAUAAACCAGAUAACACAAUUUUAUUUUUUAAGGUUUUUAGAAAUAUAUUUUUAAAAAAUAAGAUUAUAGGUUUUAUCUCAUUCAAAGCAAAACUCUAUGUUACACAAAAUAAUUUACAAAUUUUAAAAGAUUAUAAUCAUUACAAUCAUAACAUUUAUUUUGAAAGAAUAAAAUGCAAACUUUUAGAAACUGAAUAUAAUCAUACAUCAGAAUUAUUUGACAGGGUUCUUUUAACAAUUUCAAAAUACAGUUUAGCAAGUUUAAAAAUAAUUAAGCAAUAUGAAGAAAAGUUUCAAGAAUGGGGAAUUGGUUAUUUAUAUGAAUCUCGAUGUUCAAACUAUUAUAGAGAAUUAAAACCAAAUGAACUUCCUUCAAGUUUAACUAAAAUAUCUCUUCCAUGGUACGACUACCCUAUAGUUGACCCAAAUAUCUUUCCAAAAGAUUUAAAAAUACUAAAUUUUAAAAAUUAUAAUCAUCCUUUAACACAAAACUCAUUACCACCUUGUUUAGAAUCAUUAUGUAUUCCAUCAUUCAAAUAUAGAAUUGAACCUUUCACAUUGCCUCAAACACUAACAGAUCUAACCAUUAAUGGAUAUAAUGAAGAGUUUGAAACAAUAACAUAUGGAUCUUUUCCAAAUAAAAUCAAAAAACUCAAACUAGUUUCAGGAAUUUCGGGUGUCUCUAUAUUUGAAAAAGCAAAUACAUAUUCAUUUGAUCCAAUUUAUGGCCAAUUUGAAGAAAUCAAACUUUUCCCAUCAUCCCUUACAGAUCUGUAUAUUGGCCCUAGAUUUCAUUAUCAUUUGAUAUACAAAGGAUUUUUUCCAAACUCAAUUACAAAACUAGAAAUAAACAGUGGAUUUCCUUUAACACCAUCAUCCGAUAUGAACUGGCUACCAGAGUGUUUAGAGUCGUUAAUACUGGUUAUUAAUUCAAUUAGUAUUAUUAAGGAAAAUACUUUUCCCUCAACAUUAAAAUCUUUAAAAGUAACACUGACACAACCUUCCCCUCAUCAAUAUGAAACUGAAAGGUUCAUCUCAUUUAUCCCAGAUAGUGUCACAAAUUUAUGUAUUAACGGUUCUUUAAAUCUUUCAUCAUACAACAUUAAAUAUCCAAGUAAUCUUAAAGAGAUCAACAUUAAAAAAAAUGUUUUCAACACCAAUCUUUUGGCAUCAUCUACCUUAAAGAAAGUUAAAAUAACAAAUUCACAUCCAUCUCCAUUGUUACCUUCUAACGCAACUGAAUUAGUCAUUGAAAACCAACAAGAAAUAGCCAUACCAUCUCACAUCAGUAAAGUUGUUUUUAAAAAUCACGUUAAAAACCCUUUAGAGGCUUUAAAAACAUGUUCACAAUCAUUAAGAGAGCUUCAAGUGGGUCGCCUAAGAUGUAGAAUUAUGGAUAUUUACAAUAAAACCAAUACUUUAAUAAUAGAAUUUCCAAACUUGGAGAUUCUAAGUGUCUCGAAUGUAUAUCAAGGAAUAUCUAGAAGCUACCAAUUUCCACCAAGUUCUUUAUUACAAAACAGCUUAAGAGCACUAUCAAUUUCCAAAACUACACCUAAAUCAUUGCCCAUUACAAUCACACCAUCCAAUUUAAUUGCUUUAAAUUAUAUAAUAUUGUCGAACUUUCAAAUCCCAAUCUAUCCACCAUGUCUAAUUAUCUUGGGUUUAAAAACAGAUAUAGCUAUUACAAACUCAACACUACCCCAAUUUAUUAAAAUUCUAAUCAUCAUGGGUCCACCUCCAACUAUUAAUAUAGAUCCAAUUCCACCAACACUAGAGCAAAUUCUAAUAGACUCCCAAUACUAUUUAGAGUACCAAAAGAACAAUCCGCACCAUUCAAAUAAUCCAAAUUUAAAAACUUUAAUUAAACCUGUAUAUGAUUAUAAAUCAAUAUUUUUUAGAGUAUAUAAUAAAUAUAAAUAA